AUGGCUCUGCUGGCCCUGCUCGUCCUGCUGGCCCUGGCCCGGCCCGUGGGGGGCACGUGGGACACCUGCAGAGGGACCUGCGGGCUCCGGCCCAUGGCCUUCGACCACAGCUCUGCGGUUCCCGACUGCGACUCAGAGGAUGAGGACACGACUUUGGGAUCUUCCAACGGCCUUUCCCUUCUUGUGGACGGUCCCGGUGUUCCCUCGGGGACCUGGCCGGGCAUCGUCAGCAUCCAGGCCAACCUGGAGAACGGCACGUGGCACAUGUGCUCCGGGGCCCUCAUCCACCCCCAGUGGGUGCUCACGGUCGCCCGCUGCUUCAUCGAGGCUGAGGACACCUCCAGGUGGGAAGUGGCGAUCGGGGCCACAGAUCUGGCUAAGCCGGGCCCUGAGUACAAGCUGCGCCGCAUCCUGAGGGUCCUGAUGCACCAGAACUACGACGCCGACUCGGAGUGCAACAACAUCGCUCUGCUGCAGCUGGACCAGCCCGUGGAGUGCAGCGACUACAUCCAGCUGGGCUGCGUGCCCGACAGCUCCCUGGCAGUGCCCGAGCUCAGAACGUGCUUCAUCGCGGGCUGGAGAGCCAGCCCGGACAGCGCUCCGACCCCGGGCGUGGUGCUGCAGGAGGCCAAGGUGCGGCUCAUCGACGUCCAGCUGUGCAACAGCAGCCGCUGGUACGGGGGGGCCGUGCACCCCCAGGACCUGUGCGCGGGGUACCCGCGGGGCGGCAUCGACACCUGCCAGGGGGACAUCGGGGGCCCCCUGGUCUGCAAGGACAACGUUGGUGACUACUUCUGGCUGGUGGGACUGGCCAGCUGGGGCCGAGGCUGCUCCGGUGACAAACGGCCCGGGGUGUUCACGUCCACCCAGCACUUCCACACCUGGAUCCAGGUACAGAUCGGAUUGGUUCCCCCGAUUACGGCGGCCCCACCACCAAAGGCAAAGCCACCGAUCCCCACUUUCGUGGAAGAGCUGCAGGAACUGGAACCUGAACCACACCUGGAAAUAGAAACUGAAGUGGAACUAGAACCGGUGCCGAUCCCGGUCCCCAUACCGGAACCGGAACCCAUACCAAAACCAGAAGAUGAAGAAGAACCAGAACCAGAGCCAGAAUCGGACAUGUUUAUAACAAUUUCAUUCCCAAAAAACAUCCUGCUGAGGUUCUUCAAGAACCUUCAGGAGUUCCUGGAGUUCCUGAGGGACAAAAUGGACUGA